AUGACUCACACCUGUUAAUGAAAAAGCCUCUUGGUAACUGUUUUUUGUCAGAAAGCCAACAGAGGUCUUCUCUUUCUCUGAGCCUGUGCUGGGUUUCACUAUGUGGCUUCUGGUCUUCAUCUGCGUGUCGACAGCUGGUGGCGUCCCUGUAAAUAUAUCCCACAAUGCUGCAACUACUCCUGCUACAGGUAAUGUUACUGUGACGCCCAUGUUUGAUGUGCCGCGGCCGGCCUCUACUGAAUCUCUGAAAGUUGGUGCGAUUCCUUUAAAUGACACCCACAAUGUGACGAGUGAUGCACCAGGUGGGAAUAUUUCCAGCUUGCUUGAGCCACCACAAAGAAACAGUGCAGAAACCUUAGAGGAGCUUCAGGAGGACAUGAUUGUCCAAGAGGGAGACAUUUUGAUUCCGGAGGACAGGAAUGCUGUGGAGACUCUGUGGCUGGACGCCAUCGUACCUUUCACCAUCGGUGAUGACGUGGCUGAUCGAGAGUCAAACAUCUACACCGCCUUCAAAAUGAUAUCUGACUUCACGUGUAUUCGCUUCCAAAGACGCACCACAGAGCUGAGCUACCUGAAGUUCCUCAACGGCAAAGGCUGUGCGUCCUCCGUCGGCUGUCGAGGAGGACCCCAGGCAGUGUAUUACGCUCGGUCAUGUAGUGUGGGGAACCUUUGCCAUGAGAUCGUCCAUGCACUGGGAUUGCAUCAUGAGCACACCCGCAAGGACCGGGAUCAGUACAUCACUGUGCAGUGGCAAAGCAUCAUGCCAGGGAGACAAAAGAACUUCAAGGUGAAACGUGGGAACACUCUGAACCUGCCGUAUGACAUUAACUCCAUAAUGCACUAUGGGUCGUAUUUCUUCAGUCUAAAUGGAAGUCCGACGAUGCUGCCCAAGCAGGGCGGAGCGCAGAUGGGUCAGAGGACACAUCUCAGCCAGCUGGACAUACAGAGACUGAACAGGCUCUACCACUGUGAUGAGCGGAUGAGAUCAUUGUGAGCGGGCUUAGUGAUGGUUUACCUGCAUUUGCCAUGAAAUUUAAUAAAAGUAAAAAUAAAAACAUGUUCUCUGUUUAUUUCUUUUAAGUAUAGCA